UGUGAACACUUUCCCCCAAAUCCCGUUUCCCCAGAACACUAAAUAUUGSACUAUAAAUUGUUCCUGUAUUAUACUUAUGCAAAUUGUUUUGUUCUWUUAUACUGUGCCAUUUACUUAGUAUUAUCUUUUAUUUCUUAUCGUGGCGACAAAGUACCUCGUUUACUGGCUACUUUAGCCAUCUCCACUGUAGCUAGCUCGUUCCUAAGAAAAAAAAKCCCCGUUGCUGACAGUUGAGGAUAUCUGCAACGUCAGAACAGACAGAAAAAACAAGAGGGAAGAUGAGUCAAAGCGAGCAGCAGCAGCAGGAUGAAAUCCCAGCAUACCUCAAAGACGAGCAUCCAACAGACGGUAACAAGGAUCACCCCGCGCCCCAGCCAAGCAUGUUCUCCAGAGUGACUGGAGGACUCUUCAGUGUCACUAAAGGUGCUGUGGGAGCCACUGUGGGUGGGGUGGCCUGGAUAGGAGGGAAGAGCUUCGACCUGACCAAGACCGCCGUCACCUCAGUGGCCGCUGUACCUGGCAUUGGGGUGGGGCUGGUGAAAGGAGGGGUGUGUGCUGUAGCUGGAGGCGUUUCUGCAGUAGGCUCAGCGGUGGCCAAUAAAGUUCCUAUCGGAGGAGGCAAGAAGAAGGACAAGUCUGACUGAGGAGGGGACGGACGGAGAUGCCGUUUUGGGUCUCAUGUCUGUUUCAUCUACAGUGUGGAGGGGCCUGGAGGCUACAGAGGAUUCAAAGUCGUGUGUGUGUGUUCUCUUUUUGUGGAGGCCUACACUCUGAUCCGCGAGUGUCUAUGGACCACUCUCAUUAUGUGGCCUGGUCACCGAUGGGGAGACUAAAUAAGGGGGUUCCUGGUCAGCAGUGCAGGGGCCACCCCACCUGUCUUUGUCUGUAAUAAUAACCAGUGCCUCAAACUGUUGGAAUAUGAAAUGACUGACUGAAUGUUGUAUUUACUCUGUAGAUAAAAACCAGCCAAGAAAAUA